CCGACAGCGGCAUUCCCGCAGGAAGGCUCCCGCAGGCUGCGUGGGCCCGGGCGCGGCGCGGCCGGGCAUGCGCAGAGCGCACGGGCGCGGUUGCCGUGGCAGCGCCGGCCCGAGGGGAGGGCGGCGGGAGGGCGCGGUGCGGAGCCGGCGACCGGCAGGCUGAGGCGGCGGCGCGUCCACCGAGAGCCCGCGGCGGCCGGAGGCGGCGCCGGGCAGGCCUGAGCGGCGGGGCGCGGCGCCCGGGCCCGUGGGGAUGCGGGACCGGCUGCCGGACCUGGCGGCGUGCAGAAAGAAUGAUGAUGGGGACACCAGUGUUGUCGUUGAAAAGGACCAUUUCAUGGAUGAUUUCUUCCAUCAGGUUGAGGAGAUCAGGACCAGCAUCGCUAAAAUAGCUCAAUAUGUUGAAGAAGUAAAGAAAAACCACAGCAUCAUUCUUUCUGCACCAAACCCAGAAGGAAAAACAAAGGAAGACCUUGAGGAUCUGAACAAAGAAAUCAAGAAAACUGCCAGUAAAAUCCGAGCCAAGUUGAAGUCUAUCGAGCAGAGUUUUGAUCAGGAUGAGAGUGGGGACCGCACCUCAGUGGAUCUCCGGAUACGACGAACUCAGCAUUCAGUACUGUCUCGGAAGUUUGUGGAGGUCAUGACGGAGUACAACGAGGCCCAGACUCUGUUUCGGGAGCGGAGCAAAGGACGCAUCCAGCGCCAGCUGGAGAUCACUGGAAGAACCACGACCGACGAGGAGCUGGAAGAAAUGCUGGAAAGCGGAAGCCCUUCGGUCUUCACCGCAGACAUUAUAUCAGAUUCACAGAUCACUAGACAAGCUCUCAAUGAAAUUGAGUCUCGUCACAAAGACAUCAUGAAGCUGGAGACCAGCAUCCGGGAGCUACACGAGAUGUUCACGGACAUGGCCAUGUUCGUUGAGACCCAGGGCGAAAUGAUCAACAACAUAGAAAAAAACGUUAUGAACGCCACAGACUAUGUAGAACACGCUAAAGAAGAAACGAAAAAGGCGAUUAAAUAUCACAGCAAAGCUAGAAGGAAAAAGUGGAUAAUUGUGGCUGUGUCAGUGGCUGUGGUUGCCGUAAUUGCUCUAAUUAUUGGCUUAUCGGUUGGCAAAUGAUGGUGUGGACGACGUCAGUGUGCGUGCCCCCCUGCCAGCGAGGCAAAAAUGAUGUGCAUUAUCAUUUGUGUAAUCGUUUUGCUUGUGAUCCUUGGAAUUGUCCUAGCAACAACCUUGUCGUAGCGACCGUAUCCCGAGAGCCACCGUCCUUGGAGUCAGACCACAGGCGCAGCGAGUGGCGAGCCCGCGCCCUCCCGUCCCGUGACUGAGCCCCAGACACCGUGACAUGUGGUGCUGGGCGCCGGUCUCGCUGCUGGGGGCCAGGGGGAGGCGCCACAGGAUGCACCGUCUAGUGAAAGUCCGUGAGCGGGAUGGGUGUGACGAGCUAACCCAGACGUCCUUGGACUCUGAAGAGCACAUCACCGAAAACUAACAAUGUGAAACUUGUUUCAGUGGUCUUAAAAUAAGGAAUGAUUGAAAAUUUCUUUUUUUUUUUUUUUUUUUUUGUAUUUCAGUGUUAAAAGUACACGUGAAGUUUAAUGAGGAAUAUUUUAUGUCAUGAAGCUAUGAGAUUUCAGGUCUGAGCCUUCCUCCCUCCCCGCCCCCCAGCUAACACGCUAACUAAGAGUCGUUUUUGUACUCCGUUUCAUUCGUGUUUUGUUCGUAACAAAAAUUUGUAUCGUCACAGAACUGUUUUGUAAGAUAUCGAUAAUUUUAAAUGUUUAUAAAUUGUUUAAUAUAUUAACAUCUUAAUUUACUCCGUUUUUACAUAUCGAAUAUUGCCUUUUGAAGUAAAUAGGAAGCGUCAUGUAUGACUAGAGCCUUCUUUGCACAGUUGUUUACCAAGUUUGCCGUUGGCAUAGCACACAUCGGCGGCAAAGCCCCCGAAAAGCCUUUCAAGUGCCUUCUGUUAAUGCUGAUUCACAAGGUUAAAAAAUGCACCUGACGGCCUCCGGGAAAGUGUCCAUUAUUGCACUGGGCCCACUCCUACCUGUUCUGCUGCCCGAGAUAAUAAACUAGUUACUGCCCGUGAGAGACCACCGCCUCUUCUUUGUUCGUUAGAAAUAAGGUUUGUGUGUCCCCGUCUACGUCAAUAAGGUCUGAACUUAAGACGGUGAGAAGACCGAGAUUGAGUACUUUCUAAACUCAAGGAACUUACUCCCAGACAUUAAUUCCUCUAAAUGUAAACCGCUGUACAGGUUACUUGUAAAUGCUCCUGGUAAGUGCUUACUGUUCUGCUGAGCUGCAAAAGUAGAUUCCCAAAGUUCAUAGGAAUCCAUGGUAAUUAAACAUCUGUAUCGCGCGGUGAUGUUUCUUAGUGUAAUAUGGUUCAUUUUUUGGCGUGUAUCACGCGUGGGCUCUUACUAGGGAGCGGACCUCUGGGAGACGGCAGCUGGUCAGGACUGUGGGUGAACGUGUGAAGGAUGUUCCAAAUGUCGCCAAGCUCUCAUUACUUGUGUAUGCGAUCGACCGUGUAAGCGCGUGCCUGCAUCCUGACAUUGGCUUAAAAACUGAUAGAGCCACGCUUGCUUCCACACGGUAGGCGUGAAUGAGUCGAGCAGUCCAGAAACUGUGCUCUUUAUGUAAUACGAUUAUGACUUCCACUCGUUCCUGAUUUAUGCGCGCAAUGGCUUAGCUUAGACUCGGAUCUGAAUGGACGCACUUCAUUUGCGUGCUGAUCACCGCUGAGUGCUCAGAGUUAGGAGAGGAGCGCUCUGGCUGCAACGCGUGUUUUUAAAAAGUCUUUACAUGGCCCGUCAACGGGGUCCGCUCGCUAUGUGUGCACAAGUUGGAGACGCGCCUUGAAGGACAUUUAAAUAUUUCGCGAUCAUGCCUGCAUUAGCACAACUCUUGUGCACUCGUUUGUGUCAUCGCGUCCGCGUGCAGAGCAGCGCUCUCUGUGGCGGCGGCCUGUGUGCGGCUGGGCGCGUUCUCCAGCUCUGGCUCGUUAACCUCGCCUCCGGCAACGGCUCCGACUGCCCUCGUUCAGGUCAUUCUUCCGAGAUUUACCAAACUUGUGCUUCUGUAGUUGGAGUCCAGGAAAAGCCUUUUCAAAGUCAGUCAUUGGGUAGCGCUGCUGUACGCAUGGACCCCAAGCACCCGUUUGAGAUCAGAUUACAAAAGCUAUACUUACGGGUUCCCUUGUUACUUUUAUCAUUCCUUCAAAUAUUUUAUGUUUACAUAAAGAAAAAACUGCCAGAGAACCAAAACCAAACUGACUUUCUGUCUCGUCAUUUCUGGAAAGAUUUUGGGGGGAGAUAUUUUAUUGCAUAUCCAUUAAUAAAUUGUUCUACUAAGAAAAUCA